UUCGGGUGUCGCGCUGCAAAGGUUUGGGGAAAAAUAACGUUCAAACUUGAUCUGUAUAAUAGCAUUGUGGGGUUAAAUUUUGACGGCAUUUAGCGAAUUAACGUUGAGCUCGUCAGGUGGUUGCGCGUUUUGUUUUUUAUUUUGCUGGUUGGUGAUUUCAAGUUUUUCUUUUCGGACCGGUAGAGCAGCCUGGGUGAAAGGUUGCACCGCCGUGUGUUCAAUCACGGGCGAACGAUUGUGCCAUUCGGCUGCUGCUCAAGGAAGCUGACGCGUACGGAGGGAAAAUCCCGAACGGUCCUGUGCUUGGACGGAACGUGAAAAAAAUACAAGCAAAAAAAUAUAAAGUGGAAACGUGCGUGACUGGAAUACGAAUAGAGGGUUAACAAGCGAAGCGGUGUUUAAAAACGAUUACCUGUUGUUCUUUUUUUCGGGAAAUCUGUGCCAAUCGUGUAUUUCGACUGAUAAAGUGGAAGGAAGACUAUUCCAAGCUCAGUGCAAACGAUUAGAAGAAAGCAACCAAAAGUGCUGACUGGAAGGGGCGACAAUUUUCCUAAAAGGUGUUUCUGCCAGAAAGUGAGAAUACGAAAAAAAUAAAACGUGACAACAGUUGGACAGUUGUUGGAGAAAACCUUCUCCGUGCGGAUUAUUGACCCAGUAUCCAGGAUAUUCCUCCUCUAAAGCUAAGCAGCGGAACGCUGUUUAGCCACAGACCAAGCUGUUUGAAACGAGACACACGUCGACGCGCAAGGAUAAAAUUUGCAAUUCGAAAAUGCUGCGACCAACAGCAUUACUAAUCUAUGCGUUGGUGCUCACGCGGGCGACCGAUGCAGUCGUCAACGGUGAUGCUCAGCGCCGGGAGGCACCGAUCGCUGAUUCCUAUGGGUUGCCACCCUCCUCGCCCGGCGCCUCUGGUCCUGAACAACCAACUCCAGUGUACGGCGCACCAGCAGUAGCUCACUAUCCGCCUCCACCACCGGACGUUCCUCCGCCUGCUCCGAUUGUGCCGCACAAAGAGUACGGUGUUCCCGUGCAAAACUUUGGACCUCCUAAGAUCAACAUCGAGUACGGACCACCAGCACCUUCGAAACCUGUGUUCCACCAUCCUCCGAAACCGGUAUAUGGCCCACCACAGCAAUCGUUCCCCCAUCCACCUCCGCAUCAUUCGUAUGGUCCACCCCAUAAAAAACAAUCAUCUUUCCUGGACUCCUUGUUUUCCACAUUUGGCUUCGGAGGAGGAGAGGAGCAUCAUCAACAUCAUCAUCAUCAACCACCACAACCACACUACGGUCCACCACCCCGACCGGCUUAUGGACCACCCGCACAGGCAAUUCCGAAACCAAUUUACGGAGCACCAGCUCUUCCGCAACCUGCCCCACUGUAUGGCCCGCCACCAAAGCCAGCCUACGGUCCUCCGAAACCAGUGUACGGACCUCCGAAGCCAAUCUUCAGUGCACAACAAUCUUUCGGUCAUCAUUCGUCCGCCCAUGUACCACCGACACCUCCUGAGAUUAAAUGCGACGGAUGGAAACCGAUUGCGGGACCCGUUAUUCAAACCAGUCAAGUUGAAAUUCACGCUCCGGAAUCCUCCUAUGGACCACCACCAAGCGGUGACUUCUUAGCAAACCAUCAGCACUCCUCAGGUGCAGAAGUCGGAUUACAACUGCCUCGUCUCGAGCCGGGACCAUCAUUCAACAAUGAUCUUCAUCAUGGCCUGGACUUGUCCAAGGGAAACAGUUUUGAGAUCCAUUCGAACUCUAUUACUGACUCUUACGGAGCACCGCCACCGGACUCGUACGCCCCCGGCAAAUACAAACCAUCCUUCGCAAAACCAUUGCCUCCACCACCGAAGAUCCAACUGCCACCUGCUGCACUGUACGGACCACCGCCUCGUCCCGGACCCUAUCCAGUUCAUGGUCUGGGCAUCUCCCACGGAAGUGUCAGCGGUCAGUUGAAACCAUGGUUCGGUCCGGUCGCACCACCACGCCAACCGAUAGCCUAUCGACCACCGGUUCCGAAAGGACUUAUCGAAUCCAUCGGUCACACCGUAGAGCACUUGGACAACUUUGGCACCAAACCGCACUACUCCGGUAACGUUUACCUUCCUCCACCAACCAGCGACGUAGCCACAGCUCUUCCGGCGCUCGAACUCAACACCCUACCGUCCGAUCAUCCACCGAAACCGUUCCUAAUCCAACAUCAACUUCCGGAAGCUUUAGCACAAGUCCAGGAACCCCGCUACCACGAUCAACAAAUCGUCGCAGUUGCUAAUGAAUGUGGACACGGUCCCGAACUGGCCUCACAUGGGGCCAGCAACGGUCAAGCCACCUAUUUCGAAGCGUCUGGAUCACAGUCCUACAGCGAUGCAAACAACCUCGACACCAGCUAUGGUCCCCCGGCAUCGGGAUCCAUAGGAGAGUACCGCUCUGCACACCAGCUUCACGCUAGUGAGUCCGUUCCAGCAUCUAGUCUUCCAGGUUUAAGCGACGGUCUCGGUAAACUGGAGCUAGUUUCCGCACAAAAGUCGCAAAGCCUGACUAUCCCUGUCCAAGGAAACCACGGAUCUUACCAGCUACAGUUCCAGUCGGCUGAUCCAGCCGGCUCGCACCAUGGUGAAUCCGCUCCCCAUGAACAGAUCCUCUCCGAAGGACUCCUGCAAUCGAUUCUGUCGGCCAUUGAACAACCGCAAUCGAACUAUCAACCAGAGGAGUCACCGUACGACCCGAACAUCGAUCACAGCGAAGUGUCCGUUUUUCUAAAAAGUCCCGAAGGUCAAAAGACCCUAGCGGAUCCGCCCAGCGUAUCGCACCAUAAGCGAUAAUUGUGGAUUUCUUCGAGUAACCUUAAUUAGUCAACAGUGUGACUUAAAAGUAUGUUUCUGAGAGAAUGUUUGUGUGUGUGUGCGCCAUAACAAUUUCACCAUUACUAGUUUUCAACUCGGUCACGGGUUUGGACCCGUCCAAACUCCUGAUCGGUACCGAUUUUUAUUUAUUUUCAUACCUCCCUGCUGAGUGUGAAUGCGAAAGUAUGGGCCAUUAAAUCGACUGAUGUUCGUGAUAAUUCGCCGCCGUGAAGCAAACUGGAUCGAACAGGCCAGAGGCCAACCAAGUUACCAAGUAUGUUGCGAGCGCGUGUACAGCUGGUUACCAGCCUGCCAUUAGCGACGGCACUCGAGCACUGCAAAUUAUCGGAAAAAAUAAAUACUAACACAGAACGACGGCUAGAAAUCCUACGGGCAGAUCAACGAUGAAACCUCUCUCCGACGACGAUGGCGAGUAUGAUAAUGAUGAAUUAAGAUGUCGACGGGAUGGUCGAAUGACAUGACGGUGUCACGCAAAUGAUGUCCGCCGCGUGAUGAGUUAAUGCCGGCUACGAGAAAUGUCACGCAGGAAAAUAUAGUGUUUAUCGGCGGACCGAGGUGUUGGGAAAUGUUAAAUCAUCAUCAACGAAGGUAGCAAUUAGUAAUGAAAAGCCGUCGUAGAAGGAGCGCGUGUGGCGGUCAAGUGUGUAUGUGUUCGCGUUUAUCAUAAAUAGCGUUUUAAUUACCGGCAGGCGGCUACAUUGUGGAGAAGAAUGUCGUGCCGGCCCGGCGCGGCGCGAGAUUGAUCAUGCCGAACCCGGGGCAUAUGUGUAUAUUUAUUGAAGCGUUUAAGAGGGACGACGUAAAAUGUAUCAAUUACGAAAAAAUAAACAAUAUAACUUAUAGGCUGCCAUGCACCGGCCUGUGCGCCCGAGCAUGGGUCAGCUUGCAAUUACCGCUGUGGAGGAGGAGUUGGAA